UCCSGACGCGGCCUUCACCGCCCCGGCGCUGGGGCAGAGUCACAGCAGGGAUGAGAUUUGGCGUUUCCAGCUUUUCAGGCGCUGGAUGUUGACUCUGGGCUGUCUCACAGCGUCGCUCUGCACAGCAACUGAGUCCUGCAUCCUCAUGGAGUACGUCAGCACCCGGGGAGGCCCUGAGGCCGUGGGCUUCGAAGGAGCCCUCUUCUCCGGCUACGCGCCUGACGGCGGCCUCUUCAUGCCCAGCACUGUGCCCCGACUCGAGGCGUCCAYGCUCCGGAGCUGGAGCUCCUUCUCCUACCCACGGCUGGUCAAGGAGCUCUGCGCCCUCUUCGUCAGCGCUAAGCUCAUCCCCAGGAGCGUGCUGGAGGACCUGAUUGACAGGGCCUUCAGCAGAUUCAGACACAAAGAUGUGGUCCAUCUGACCAGGCUGAAAGAUGGGCUGAAYGUUUUGGAGCUCUGGUAUGGGGCUACUUACGCAUUUAAGGACCUGUCGCUGUCCUGCACAGGGCAGUUUUUGCAGUAUUUCCUGGAGAAAAGGCAGAAACACGUCACUAUUCUGGUGGGGACUUCAGGGGACACGGGAAGCUCCGCAAUUGAGAGUGUGAGAGGCCAGAAGAACCUGGACAUCUUUGUUCUGCUGCCCCAUGGACUCUGCACCCAGAUACAGGAGCUUCAGAUGACCACCAUCAUUGAAGAAAACGUCCACGUCUUUGAUGCUCACGGGAACAGCGAUGAAAUCGAUGAGCCGAUCAAGGAGUUAUUUGCUGAUACUGAUUUUGCCAGAAAGCACAACCUGAUGAGCUUGAAUUCAGUCAACUGGUCGAGGAUUAUGGUGCAGAUCGCUCACUACUUCUACGCUUACUUCCAGUGUGCACCAUCCCUCGAUACCAGCCCUCUGCCCGUGGUGGAAGUUGUUGUGCCAACUGGAGGAGGAGGAAAUGUCACAGCUGGCUGCAUUGCCCAGAAAAUGGGACUUCCAAUCCGACUUGUUGCAGUGGUUAACAGCAAUGACAUCAUUCACAGGGCUGUUCAGCAUGGAGAUUUCUCACUGUCAGGCAGUGUAAAGGCUACGUUGGCAUCAGCCAUGGAUAUCCAGGAGCCGUACAACAUGGAGAGAAUUCUCUGGCUGCUUUCUGACGGUGACAGCAGCCUCAUCAAAAUGCUGAUGGACCAAUUCAACGUGUCCAAAAGCCUCAAGUUGCCGGAGGAUUUGCACAGAAAGCUGGCGCAGACGCUGGACUCCUGCACGGCCUCUGACGAGGACAUCGUGCGAGCGAUGCGGCGCUGCUGGGAGGAGAACCGCUACCUGCUGUGUCCCCACUCCGCUGUAGCCGCUCACUAUCACUAUGCACAGCUGGGCUGUGGGAAUCAGAGCACGCCUCGCUGUUGCUUGGCCCCAGCCUCGGCAGCCAAGUUUCAGGAUGCUGUGCUCAGAGCUGGCCUCAUUCCUGAUGUCCCUCCUGAAAUUAGUGCCCUAACCACCCUGGAGACCAGGUCAACGCCCUUGAAGAGGGGAGAAGAUUGGGCAAAARUGCUCCGGGAGCACAUAGAAGAGUUGGCCCAGCGGAGGAAGUCCUAGGUGGGGUCAUGCUCUCCCAUGGGCAUUUGCACAAAAGUGGUCUGGAUUUGUGCUAUAAAGGCAAAUGCUUCUUGAGGCUUGUUGUCCAUGAUGAGGAUAUUCCUCCAAGAGAGAAGCCUAGGCUCUCCACACGAUGAGCUAGAUAAUUAUUCCCAGGCACGUGUUGUUUUUCUUUUUUGAAUUAAACAGAAUAUUUUGCAAAAUGUGAGGCAAAGCUUUGUAACUUCCUURUCUUUUUCCUGUAAUUUCAAUAAAGCCUACUGAAGCUUUCAAGAAACAUGCUCGUCCCAUGGUUGCUCGCCCAUGGAUAACUCCUUCAAAAUGAUGCAUGGACAUUAGUUGCCUAAUUGUAUUCCGUAUGUCUUSCUUCCUAGGAAACCUACCUACAAGCUUAUUCCAGUAUUUCAGC